GGAGGAGUUUGCGAGUCCAGCGGCUUUUCCACCUGUAAGGCAAUGCACACUAUAUGAUUGGCAUGAUUUCACGUUCCUUCUGCACUCUGCUGUAGAAGAAUUCAAAGGCACUCUGGUAUCUGGAUAUCAAAUGCAGAAAGUAAGCGUGACUUUGGAUCCAGAAGGGAGUAGCCCACAGUACUGCAUAUCCAGUGAUCUGAAAAGUCUGAGGCAAGGUGGCCCUCUAGAUCUGUCUGGGCCUGGUGAUGUCGCCGACUGCCUUCCUUUUGUGUUGGGGUAUGAUGUAUUGGCCACAGGCCGCCACUGCUGGGAAGUCACGGUGCACGGUGAGGACGACUGGGCUGUGGGCGUGACCAGGAUUUCUGUGAGGAGGAAGAGGAAAACCAGACUGGCCUUUAGCCCCACAGAAGGGAUCUGGGCGAUAGGCAAGUGGGAAGGCGGCUAUGCAUUGUUCGGCUCGCGCAAACAACCUGUGCCCAUGAGCGGCGAGGUGCUGAAGAGAAUCCGAGUGUCCUUGAACUGUGAAGGGAAGCAGGUGUCGUUCGCCAACGCUGACAGUGGCGCCGUCCUUGCCAAGUUCCAGUCAGCUUCAUUCUUGGGGGAGCCCCUUCUCCCCAUCUUCUCGGUGGGAGAAAAAACCCGCCUCUCUGUCUCCUCCUGAGGCAGCCAUGUUUCACCCCAUAGGCCCUCCUGCCCACUGACCUCCAGCCUCUCGUUCCUCACUUCACAUUUCCCUCAACCACUGUUCUUCACCCCCGGCUCUACCAUCCAUGGAAAUGACGAUUCUCGUGGUGCCUGGUGGGGCAUUGUAGGCCGAAUCUUUGUAUUCUCUUUAAUAUGUUUAAGGGGUUUCCUCAGCCGAUGAGGAGCCCCCGUGAGAUUUUUGUUUUUUUCCAGCGAGAGAAUCGGAUCCUGAUGUGAGGAGGGUUGGGGGUUGAACCCAGUAAAUUCAGGGUUUACUAUUCCAUAAGAGAACACACCUGUUUUAUUAAUCACAACCAUCUGUUUUAUAGUUGAGAAUGAAGCAGAUCCAAAUGUUCAAUUUUUUAAAGAACAAAGAGCACACCUGUUCACUUUUUUCCUUUGUUUAGGGCAUGUGAAUGAUGGCUUUGGAGUGACUUUUAAUGAACUGAACCAAUAAAAGGUUUCUACUUUU